AUGCUGAUGGUCACGCUGACCGAGGGGGGCAAGGCGGAGGGCAAGGUGAAGAGGAUGUGUGCGCCCACCUGGAGCGUGGAUGCCUACAGGACCUACCUGACCGUGCUCUUCAGCACCAGCAUCAUGGCCCCGGGCAUCAUCAUCGGCUUCCUCUACACGCGCCUGGCCAGGACCUACCUGGAGUCCCAGAGGAACCCCCCCCACAAGGAGAAGAGCAAGAGAUCCCCCCGGCAGAAGGUCCUCAUCAUGAUUUUCAGCAUCGUGCUGGUCUUCUGGGCCUGCUUCCUGCCCUUUUGGAUCUGGCAGCUGGUGCGCCUCUACAGCAGCUCCCUGCAGCUCACCACCCAAACCCAAAAGUGCAUUAACUACCUGGUGACCUGCCUGACCUACAGCAACAGCUGCAUCAACCCCUUCCUCUACACCCUGCUCACCAAAAACUACCGGGAGUACCUGCGCAACAGGCACCGCAACUUCUACAGGUUCACGUCCUCCUUCCGCAAGAGGGGCUCCAGCCUGCAGUGCUCCUGGGGCCGCUCCAUGUCCUCCAGCAACCAGUACGACUACAGCUCGGAGGCGCUGGGCAUGGCCACGCUGAAGGACAAGUGAGGAAGAGGAGGCGCUCCCAGCACACAGGACCGGCAGAGCGUCCGGCCAAGGUAGGGCUUUGGGAUCCCCUGGCCCUGAAGGGUUCUUAAAGCUCGUUUCUGCUGCUCUCUCUAGCCGGGGGCAAGAAGCUGUGUGAAUCCAAAUGCUGCGAGAUGAGAUGAGAUGAGAUGAGUUUCCAUCUGGCUGAGGGCUGUUGGGGGGGUCCUGCCGGGAGCCAGCAGCUGUUUGGGACAGAUCCUGCAGGGUUUGGGGUGCAGAAGAUGAGGUGGAUGCUGUGUCCGGCUCUGGCACAAACUCUUCUCCUGCCUGGCUGAGUUUCGGCUCCAGCUCCUCACCCCGUGGUUUCUCUGCGCUGUCCUGGGGCUGCAGCUGGGUCAGAGCUGCAGAAAUCUGGAAGUGGCCCGGUAUCACUUCACUGAGCUGCCAGCCAUGGCUCUGCCCUGUGAGUUACCGUUGGCUGUUUCUGGAGUGGGUAAAGAGACUUUUAAGCCCCUUUUCAUAUUUUCUGUUACAUUACUACAGUGCACUACUGUUCUAUCAUGCUUCAAGUCUCUAUUUUAAAAUUCAUUGCAGCAGCACUUUGAACUCCAAGCAUUCAAAAACCACCAGGUAAGCUGUCAGAAACCACAGGAUUACCUAAAAAAACCAAAAACUCUUCUAACUUUUUAAGGUUUCUACCUAAGGUGGUUUGAAUUUGCCACUGAUAUUUUUUCUUGAAAAAGUUGGUCCUUUUCUUAAAAGUCAACAGAGCUUGACAAACCUGAAAAUUUACCUUGGAAGAAAUAAAAAAACUAUUUAUGAUCCUAUCACUCAAAGACCUGAGGCUCUAAGAAAAAUUACUGAAUCCUAUAUCAUGAAACUCAUUAUAAAAAAGAGAAUUUUUUUCAUGACAUUUGAUCAAACCAGUUUUGCCUCAAUGUAUUCUGCUCAUUUUCUCCCUGCUUGGCAUCUCACACUAAACCUUCACCAGAGAGAUGCCUGUAAGCACUUAAACAAUUGUAAAAUUGUAAAAAAGUGUCAGUUUAUAAAUAAAUGCUUAUUAAAAAUGGACCCUCCUCAGGUU